GGCGAAACGUCAAACAAACUUUUUUGGCAGUGGCAGUUAGACGAAAAAUCUCUUGUGGUUUUGUCAUGUCCUAGCAGCAAUGUUUUUAUUAUAUAUUUGUUUACUUUUGUUUUCACAAGUACACUUUUUCGCAGAAGGUUCAUAUUAUAGCGAAUAUGAAUGCAACACUCCUUUGCUUCAACACUCCAAACUCGAUGCUACAUCUUCAAUGAAUGAUAGAGGCCCGAAUAAUGCAGUAUUGUAUGGUGGCUCAGCAUGGACUCCCAAGGAAAGUACCUACUUUGAAAAGCUAAUAAUCGAUUUGGGUGGCAGAUACGAAGUACGUUCCAUAGCAACGCAGGGUCGCGCCAUGACCCGAGAGUUCGUCUCGGAGUAUGUUGUGGAGUACUCGCAUAGCGGCAACGAAGGAUGGAGGGCUUUCCGUGAUUCUCAUGGACAAAUCGAGAUGUUCAGAGGUAACGAAGACGGUGAAUCAGUACAAAAAAACGAAUUCGAAGUACCAAUUAUAGCCCAAUGGGUGCGUAUAAAUCCCACUAGAUGGCGUGACAGAAUCUCGAUGAGAGUCGAACUGUUUGGCUGUGAAUAUGUUGCCCAAAAUAUGUACUUCAAUGGUACCUCCCUUCUCAAACUAGACCUACUUAGAGAUCCCAUAGCUGCCUUAAGGGAAACCAUCAAAUUUCGGUUCAAAACUGCUUCGGCCAAUGGAGUUUUGCUUUACAGCAGAGGCACUCAGGGUGACUAUAUUGCCUUGCAACUUAGAGAGAACAGGAUGUUGCUUAAUAUCGAUUUAGGUUCCGGGAUGGUAACAAGCUUGAGCGUAGGAAGUCUUUUGGACGACAAUAUUUGGCAUGACGUAGUUAUUUCGAGGAACAAGAGAGAGAUAUUGUUUUCAGUUGAUAGAGUUGUUGUACAGGAACGCAUCGAAGGCGAUUUCAAUAGGCUUAAUUUGAAUAGAGAUUUUUACAUUGGAGGCGUUCCCAAUCUGCAAGAAGGCCUAGUGGUAGUACAAAAUUACACGGGCUGCAUCGAAAACAUCUACCUGAAUUCAACUAACGUAAUUCAAGAAGUAAAGGAAGCUUACGAAUACGGCGAAAGCUACAAAUACGAGAAAAUAAACACCUUGUACAAUUGUCCGGAACCACAAAUAGUGCCUGUAACGUUCACCAACGCUCAAUCCUAUGCGAAAUUGAAGGGAUACGAAGGCAUGUCUUCCAUGAACGCGUCGUUUUACUUUAGAACUUACGAGGAUAAUGGCGUUAUGAUGUACCAUGCUUUUUCGUCUUCAGGAUUUGUGGCUAUUUAUUUAGAGCAAGGUAAAAUCAAAGUAGAACUCGUUACACCGGGUAACCCGAAAGUGGUGUUUGAUAACUAUCAAGAGACUUUUAACGAUGGACGCUGGCACGUGCUGGUACUUUCGAUCAAAACCAAUGAUAUUACUUUUAGCGUGGACAACAGGCCGAUGAAAACUGUUCGUUUGUUGAAAAUAAUGACUGGCAGUGUGUAUUUGUUUGCUGGCGGAAUAAGUCCGGCUUUGGGUUACUCUAAUAUUGUUUUCCAAGGAUUCAUAGGUUGUAUGAAGACAAUCCGUAUAGAUGGUAACAGCAAACUGCCCACCGACUGGAUAAAAGACGAAGAAUACUUCCACACUGACCAUGUUAAAAUCGACUCUUGUAGAAUGACAGACAGGUGUUACCCUAAUCCGUGCCAACACGGAGGUAUAUGCAAACAGAACGCUGUAGAAUUUAUGUGCGACUGUAAAGGCACAGGGUAUGGUGGAGCUGUAUGUCACAGUUCGAUAAAUUCGCUUUCGUGCCAGGCCUAUAAAAACAUUCAAGCUGUUGGACAAAAAGCAGAAAUAAAGAUUGAUGUAGAUGGGAGUGGUCCUCUAGCACCAUUCCCAGUCACUUGCCAGUUCAGUGCAGAUGGCACUGUAUCAACAAUUCUCCAUCACUCCAGUGAAGCUACUACUACAGUAGAUGGCUUUCAAGAGCCUGGUAGCUUUGUGCAAGAUAUCCAAUAUGAAGCUGACGAUGAUCAAAUUGUGGCUCUCAUAAAUAGAUCAGAUACUUGCACUCAAAAUAUCCAAUAUGCUUGCAAACAAGCCAGAUUGUUCAACUCUCCUUCUGAAGAGAACAGAUUCCAACCAUUCUCUUGGUGGGUAUCAAGGAAAAACCAAAAAAUGGACUAUUGGGGCGGUGGUUUGCCCGGCUCAAGAAAAUGCGACUGUGGAGUUUUGGGUACUUGUAAUGACCCAACUAAAUGGUGUAAUUGUGAUGGUGAUGCUCCGUUCUGGUUAGUGGACGCAGGAGAUUUAAGCAACAAAGAAGAUUUGCCAGUUAAACAGUUACGCUUAGGGGAUACAGGAAGUGCCUUAGAUGAAAGAGAAGCCAGAUAUACUCUUGGGCCUUUGAUAUGCAAAGGAGAUGAUAUUUUUAAUAAUGUGGUAACAUUUAGGAUUGCUGAUGCCACCAUUGAUAUUCCAAAUUUCGAUAUGGGACACAAUGGAGAUAUUUAUUUUGAGUUUAGGACUGCUACUGAAAAUGCAGUACUAUUCCACGCCAGAGGGCCAACCGACUACAUCAAAUUGACCAUAGUGAAUGGAAAUCGACUCCAAUUCCAAUAUCAAGCUGGCUCAGGACCUCUAGCAGUAGUAGCUGAAGUGAGCUAUCGAUUAGCUGAUGACCAGUGGCAUUCGGUGUCUGUGGAACGUAACAGAAAAGAAGCGAUGAUUGUGGUGGAUGGAUCGCAAAAAGCUGAAGUUCGAGAACCGGCCGGGCCUGUGAGAGCCAUUCAUUUGGCUUCGGCUCUGGUUAUAGGAGCUUCUGCUGAUUACAGGGACGGGUUUACCGGUUGCAUGAGAGCACUACUAAUAAAUGGCAAGCACGUUGAUCUGAGAGAGUAUGCACGAAGAGGAUUAUAUGGAAUAGCCGAAGGAUGCUCAGGGAAGUGCGCCAGCAAUCCUUGCCUCAACAACGGAACUUGCCACGAGAGAUACGACAGUUACAUGUGUGAUUGCCGAUGGACUGCGUUCAAGGGUCCAAUUUGUGCUGACGAAAUCGGAGUCAACAUGAAAUCAAACUCUGCAGUGAAAUACACUUUUGACGGUUCCUGGCGUUCCACAAUAGCCGAACACAUACGCGUCGGUUUCACCACUACAAAUCCCAAAGGAUUUUUGCUCGGUUUCUUCUCUAAUAUCACCCGAGAGUAUUUGACCAUCAUGGUAUCGAAUUCUGGUCAUUUAAGGAUAGUUUUCGAUUUUGGCUUUGAAAGACAAGAAGUUAUUUAUCCAGAUAAACAUUUUGGACUUGGACAGUAUCACGAUUUAAUCCUUUCGAGAAAAAAUGGUGGCUCGACGCUAGUAAUUAGAGUAGACGGCUAUGAGCCCAAAGAGUUCCACUUCAAUAUCAAAGAGUCUGCAGAUGCUCAAUUCAACAACAUUCAAUAUAUGUACAUUGGCAAAAACGAAACCAUGACUGAAGGUUUUAUUGGUUGCGUCUCCCGAGUAGAAUUUGACGAUAUUUAUCCUUUGAAAUUGUUGUUCCAACAAUCAGGCCCUGGCAACGUAAAGGUUUUAGGCGAUCCUUUAAACGAAGACUUUUGUGGUGUGGAACCAAUAACGCAUCCUCCUGAUACUGUCGAAACUAGACCGCCCCCUCAAGUUGACGAAGACAAAUUACGAAAAGCUUACAAUCAAACUGACUCAGCCAUUUUAGGAAGUGUUUUGGCAAUAGUCUUCCUGGCCUUAGUAAUCCUCUGUAUAAUUGUUGGACGUUAUCUUCACAGACAUAAAGGUGAGUAUUUGACGCAAGAAGAUGCUGGUGCCGAUGCAGCUUUAGAUCCGGAUGAGGCUGUGGUGCAAGGAACUACAGGUCAUCAUGUUCAAAAAAAAAAGGAAUGGUUCAUAUAGUUUUCAGGAAUAGGCUGAACAUAUUUUCAGGGAUCAUUGAACAAUUUCUUUUUCGAAUAGAACCAACUGGCAACUAUUUGAGUAUUUGAUACUAGAUUAAUAUUUAUUUAAGGACUUUGAUGAUUCUCAAUUUAUUUUUGUUUUACUUUCAUGUAGAUUCUUGGCCUAAAGAGUAUAAUCUCUCAGAGAUUGAAGUUUUAUGUUUGUAUUAUUAUUUUCCGUCCAAUUUUAAUUUGUUCCAAAAAACUUCCAUGACCUGAUUUUUUUAUUGUAUAUAUUUUUGUUUGUUUUUUUUUUUUUUGUGAGUUUGUAACUUUUUUAUAAAUCUGUGCCUUUGGGCAUGAUUGGAAUCAAUUAGCAAAUGUUUACAUGUUCGCACUGAUACCUUCAAUUAAGUAUAGUAGAUUUAAACUUAGGCUGUAUGUAUUGUAAUUUUUUUACAAAUAAAAUACUAGAAACAGU